AAAUUUGUUUUUCCUUUUAACUGAUGCUAACCUGUUUCAUUUGUGGUGGUUUAGAUUACAAGCAGUUUUUAUUAGUUGCAUUAUUCUAGCUCCGUUAAACGUUUAUAAAAUAGACGCCAUGCAGGGAAACGACUGGAUGAAUACUGCUCUUAGCACUGGGACUUCUAUUAUGGCAGCAGAAUUUCAGGGAGGUGUAGUUAUCGGUGCUGAUUCUCGAACCACCACUGGAGCCUAUAUUGCUAAUCGAGUAACGGACAAAUUAACUCGGGUUACGGAUCGUAUUUAUUGUUGUCGGUCGGGCUCCGCCGCCGACACACAGGCGAUUGCCGAUAUUGUAUCGUAUCAUUUAGGUUUUCACGGAAUGGAACUAGGUGAAGAUCCGUUGGUGGAAGUCGGGGCGGCUGUAUUUAAAGAGCUUUGCUACAACUACAGGGAUUCGUUGAUGGCCGGAAUUUUGGUCGCUGGUUGGGACAAGAAGAAAGGGGGUCAAAUUUAUUCCAUCCCCAUUGGUGGAAUGUGCGUGAGACAACCAGUCUCUAUCGGGGGAUCCGGGUCCAGUUACGUUUAUGGCUACGUCGACGCCAACUUUAAGCCGAAUAUGACCAAAGAAGAGUGCAUCAAAUUUGUCACUAACACUCUCGCACUGGCAAUGUCUAGGGACGGUUCCUCUGGGGGCGUGGUGCGAUUAGGAAUCAUUACAGAAAAGGGCAUCGAAAGGAAAGUCAUCUUGGGCACCGACUUACCUAAAUUUAAUGAAGAUUAAUUUUUCCGCAACUAGAUAGGCUACUCGUUUCAGUGUAACGGCGUUUUUAUUUGUGGAAAUAA